AAUAUUGGUGGAUGCAUGAUUUUGUUACAAUGUUGGGUUUGGGAAAUGAUUACUUCUAUAACCCCACCACUUCAACCUUUAAGUGAUCAGGAGGUGGUUGAUGGGGAUGGUUUCCCUGUCUGUAGAAGGUAGAAAGCUAACCUUUAAAUUAUUUUUUUCCUUCUCAUUUAACUAACUUUAAAUUGCAACAUUUUUAUUUAGGUGGAUGAACGUAACGCAUCGGAUAAAUCCAGCUUCAAUUUCAGUUACUGAUUUUUGGUUGAGAUUUGAUCAAAUACGUACAAGACAGUUCUUGUGGAGGCCUUGCAUUCAACCCGAACUUAGGCGAUUGAUUGUGGUUGACAACCCUCCGGUGUCCAGAGCAACAGUACCAAUAAUUUGCUUCGCGACAGUAGAAAUCCAUCAGGCGGAUAGGGUGAUGCGUCAAUUUGGUUUAAGACAAAAUAUUCUGCCUGAGCCGGUUAACCUGGAUCAAGUUCACAGGGAUGACUUGAGGGGGAGAAACGACAAAGAUUGGGUGGCGCAUCAUCACCAAUGGAUUGCAAUUUGGAAUGAUCGUCAAAAUCGGAUCAUUCAAGGUACACCGUUCAGCGGAAACGGUCAUUUGCGUGAUGAAACACCGUAUAUGCAGUGGUACAUCAACCACACUAUCCAUUAUAUAUCUCCAUCAGAAUUUUCCGACGAUGAGUACGACAUAUCACAAGAACCUUCUCAGCCUGCUUCACAACCCUACACUGCCCAUGUUGGGUCUUCUCCAGAUUUCAUGCAUCAUCACCAACCCUUUUUCGGAUAGUCCCCUAUAGGUCAAGGUCAAAUGUUUGGACAUUCACAUCCUUAAUUUGGCAACCCAUCAAACACCUCAUUCCAACACAUCCCUUCCUCAUACGGUUUCUUCCCGCAUCAGUCAACUUAUGGUGCUGGUCCAUCACAUAUGUUUGGAACCACAACCAUGACACCACCAUCUACCUAUUAUCUAGGAUCUUCAUCAUCAAUGUCAUUCUAUCCUCCGCCAAUGCCUUCCCAAUCACCACAAAUUCCUCAAAAUGUCCAAAGUCAACAAGAUGAAGAUGACGAUGACGAUGAUGAACCACAACAACAACCACUAACACGUCCCAACAGACCCAGAAGAAGACCAACAUGUGGAAUCGGAGGAC